AUGGACAAGUCUGCGCUGUGCCACCUGACGGAUGCCAACGGGAAUUUGAAAAACCAGAUCUGGGACCUGAGAGAGACGGCCGCCAACCUUGAUGCCGAGAAGCAGGAGAUCCUGGUGGAGAACAAGAGCGUCAAAGAGCAGAACCGGAGCCUGGAAGCCAAGAUCGAGUGUUUCAAAGCCAUGGCGGAGGACUUUGAAAAGGAAGAAGAGGAGCUCCAGGGAGUGCUGAGGAAGCUGGAGGAGACGAUCACGCAGCUGGAAUCCCAGAACACGGCCUUGAAAGGCACCAACCAUACGCUCAGGACCGAAAUAGAAAAGGUGUCCGGCCACAUCGUUCUGUUCCAGGAUUACAAGGCAAGGCAAGACCAGGACAUCUGCCGCAUGAAACAGGUGAUGGAGCACAUCGUCAGCUACUUCAAGCAACUGGAAGCAAAGAUCGAGACUGCUGAGCAGAGAUUUGGCGAGGAGCAGAGCGAAGUUGCUGAGCUCCAGCGCACCUUGGAUGAGCUUGAGCAGAUCCGCGAGGUCCAGGAGAACGAGAUCCUCUGCCUGAAGGACCAGCUGGAAGAGGCAUCGUUCAUGAGGAUGGAGACAGAUGAGAGCCUCAAGGUCCCGUCUCUGCUGCACGAGAUGGUCCAAGCCAAGCUGGUCCAGGAUUCCUUGGCCAUGCAGAGCAGCCUCCUCCUCCUGCUGUCCAAAGUCGUGUGGCUGUUGCUGGCGGUGGCCGUUUGCCUGGGCUUCCUGAGCGUCUUGGCCAAAGUCUACCUCUUUGUCUUCAACCAGGACCUGGAAUCCGGAAGCCAAGCUCUGCUGUUCACGGACCGCCUCCGUUUGCUGGCGGAAGUCCUCUCUCCACAUCCCAUGAGCAGGUCGAAUGGCUUGCUGCCCUAUUGA